AUGGCUACCUCAUCAAUGAGGCAACAAACAGCAUGCAGGACGUUGGCUGCCCUUGGGCCUCUAGUGCUGACCGCCCAGCAGUCAUCACCGAUGGCCAAGACAUAUGGCAUUAUUGUAAGACGCCUUCACUCUGGCCCGCAAAAUGGACGUGGAGCCAACAUCAAUUGGAUGGAAUGGGCCCGGGACCACGGAAACACCAACGUGUAUGGGAAAGCAGUCGUUGAUGCGUACUUCAGUGCCAAGACAAAUGAGGAAAUCAAGGCUGCAAAUGAAAUGGCUCUACCUGAGGGGUACAACAACGCCAUCAGGGCUCUUGGGCAGCAGGUGUAUGCCCUAGCCAAGCACUGUGUCGUUGAAGGCUACAAGGCAAAGGGAGUGCGUUUGCCUGCUAUGUACAUGGCAUACCUGUCGAAAAAGGCGCAGAACACAGAUGCCAAGACAGCAGGCGAGCCUUCUUCAAGCACUUCGAAACUGGAAGAGACACAGGAUUUGACAGAGGGGGCGGCAGUAAGCUGUGAUCCUGCGACCAGCGAAGAUAAGUCAUACCUCACAGACAAGGAAUUUGACCUUGUCAAGACGCAUCUUGCGGACUACAAAGCAUGUGGAGCGCAGUCAAACAGUCUAACAGAGGACAACAUGAUCGCGCUUGGGAACCUAGUGGGCUGGUACGUUAGAGUGGUGCCAAAUGUCGGCAACGGUGAAGAACCUCUGUGGCACGUUGUGGACAUGCACGGCAGUGUUAGGGGUAUAGUACCAACACUUCCUGCCGAGUUACCAAGUAUUGAAUACUUCGGUAAUCUAUUCAUUCAACCAUUCAACUUCGUUACUAUUCCUCUGUAA